AUGUGGAAAGAAAAAAAUGAUGACAAUAUGGAUUUUCUGAAGUUAUUAGAUGAAGUCACAUUUCUACCUUCAAUAAAAAAAUGUAUUUUAAUAGCAGCUACACUUCCAUCUACUACAUGUAGCGUUGAAAGGUCUUUUAGCUCACUUAAAAGACUUAAAACAUGGCUUCGUAGUACUGUAACUGAGAACCGCUUGAAUGGCUUGGCAUUAAUGAAUGUUUACAAAACUUAUGUGCAAGCUCAAAAAUCAAACAUUAUAGAUGAAACAAUAAAAUUAUUUGCUAUGGAGCCUAGGCGCAUGCAAUUUUUAUUUAAUGACCAAUAA